AUGAGCAAACCAACUCCUCUCGCCGGGCGCCUUGUGCCUCUGCGGACCAAAGACGAAGUGCGCGCCAGCCUCGAGACGCAGAGUGCCUAUGUCAUUGAAGUACCGGCCAAGGUUGCCAACGCUGUCAAGGAUGCCGUGCAAGCCGCCAUUCCCGACUUCAAGACGUCGGAGAUCUCUCACCUGCGCCGCGUAGUGCAGUUCAAGUACCUGCCGCCGUACCUGCAGAAGCAGUUCUAUCCGCCUUCAAGGCUUCCGAGAGUCCGCUUUUUCCUCAUGUGCCCUACCAAGCAUAUCCAGCAUGCCGAUCUCCUUGCUCUCAUCCGCAAAUGCCCACCGUUCGACGCGAAGAAUGCGAUUGCACCGAGGAUCUUCUACGUCACUGUUCCGGUAUUGGCUCCCACAUCUGCCGAACAGGCAGCCAUGUGGUCCGACAAGUACUGGCCCAUUUCGUACAAGAACACGAAUCCUUAUGGUCCGCAUCCGAGUCUGGUUCAGCGCAAUGCGGCCGAAAUUGAGGACGAAGCCGGCGGCUGGCUUGCACUGGCAAACACGGCGGGAAAGCAGAUUGCGGAGAAAUGUUUGGGCGAGCAGAUUGGCGUCGUGGUAGUUGACCGUUCCAAGGCAACACCUGCCGUCAUUGCUGUUGCAGGGGACUGUCGCUGGCGCUCGCCUACUGGUGAUACCGAAGAGCAGACGGGCACUGGCAACGUCAUGGCCCACGCCGUCCAGCGUGCCAUUGCUAUGGUUGCAAAGAAGCGACUCCGCGCUGCCGGCACCGAUCCCGCUCUACUUGAUCGCUCGCUCUUCUGCGACAGCCCCCUCACCGAAGUCGAGAAGGAGUACUACGAGAGCGAUAACAUCGCCUCAAGCGGCUACCUGUGCGUCGACCUGGACAUCUACCUCACCAACGAACCCUGUGUCAUGUGCUCAAUGGCUAUCUUGCACUCACGCUUCCGCCGAUGCAUUUUCUCGACACGCAUGUCACACACUGGAGGCAUGACGUCCGACAGCAUCGACCAGGAACAAUCGUCCGGUGGGCUCAAACACGGCCUGUUCUGGCGACCUACCGAGCUCAACUGGAAGUUCUUGACCUGGGAAUUUAUGGAGGACGCCAAGUCCAAGAAGGACAAAAAGGACAGGCAGGGUGGCGUGGUUGCCUGCGGGGACAUGCUGCAUGCCUGA